GCCGCCACCAUGGAGUCUGACGAGUCGACGGUGAUAAUGGGCGUCCAGGUGGAGGAGUCCAAGAUCGGUGCCAUGAUCGAGAAGGCCAAGUUUUACACUUCCGUCUGCAUGGGCACCACGGCGAUCCUCGCGGUCUUCGCCUUCCUGUUUCUGAUACCGUUCGUCGUCGAGCCGGCGAUAUCCACCAUCCUGGCGGAUUUUUCGCCGCACGCGGUUGCCUGCGUCACGACGAGUCACGUUUACGCGGAGGGCCUGAAGAACUGCUCGUGGGCGAGUUGCAGGGAAGGUUGCACCAGUGCCGCGAUUCGUUGUCAUCAGAUUAAAGUCAACUACACCAGACUCCCGUACGAAGAGUUCAUAGCGAAACCCUCGGGCUCGGUGCCGUGGGAUGUCGCCGACACCGAAUUCUUCGUCAACACGGAAGGUUGCGGUUACCCGCCUACGGUCAACUGUUCCGCUUUCGCGAAGAAAUACGCCUAUGCGAAUAUGGGAAAGAUAUUUCCCUGCUACUACAGCAGAACGCAUCCAGAAACGGUUGUUGCGAGAUAUUCGUGGGAUCAAAAUCUCAGGCACUUGGUCUUGGCCUUGAUCGUGCCCAUAGUGCUCUUCGCCGCGACUCUCGGCGUGUUAUGCUACUGGUAUUGUCCACCGAUGGGCAAAACCUGUGGUGGUCCAGGUCGCAACCUCAUCGACAAGUAUGCUAGAAAGGAAGACAUCUUGGCAGAGGACGAGUUCGAGGAAGACGAAGAGGAAUACUGACUGCUACCAAGGGCUCACCCCCCAGCGCGGGAGUGAUGCCAGCGAAAUAAUCUCCGAAUGGCUCCAGCGUACUUUACCUUAUAAAUUUAAGCGAUCGAGAGUAGCGAUUUUUUUUAGAAAAGAAUUUUUGCGAAGAGCGGGCAAAUGAGUCUCUCGUUAUCGCUUCUCACGAGUUUCACUUCAAAUUCUUGCUUCUAACGCUAACAUCCGACUUACUUUGUUCUAUAAAUCUAUCCUGGAUCAUGCUUUCAAUAAAUGAAACAUGCGCCUAGGUUUACACCAGUGAUAUAUAAAAAUAUUUCUCUCUUUCUCUCUCUUUCUCUCUUCUCUCGACAUUACAAUCGUGCACUGAAAUUAGUUUAUGCACUUAUUCUAUAUAAAAAUAAUGUCGGAUUAACAUAAAUAAAAAUUAGCAAAAUCACUAAUCGGAGACUAUCAUUCGUAAAGAAUCGCUCGCGCGAGACUUUGCGAAGAUUAGACCUUAAAUUUAUGAUGUAAAGUAGGCCGUGGAUAUGUGAGAGCACGGACUUUUCAAUUAUCUAUCAGUAUUCGACGAGGUAUAUGGUUCGAAACAUAUGGAAGUGUUAUAAUGCAUUAAUUAAAAAUAAAAAGGGAAUAUUGCAAUGCAAAUUUUAAUUUAAUAUUGAUAAUAAUUGAUACCGAUAUCGAAAAUGCUAAUUCGCGUUCAUGCGAAACGCAAAUGUCUGUUAAAUUAUUCAACAAAUUAUUCGCAGCGUGCUGAUAUUCGGAAAUUUUGUAGAAAUCAAUGAGCUUUCAUGUGUUUCGAGCUUAAUCGUGAUAGAGGCGCGCCUUCCUGCAAUAUUUACAUGAUAAUUCAAACAAGAGGAUAUAUAGUUUUUAAACGGCACAGAUUUUAGGUUUUUUACAGCAGCAGCAUCGAGUUUAGAACUAAGUUAUACGGCCGUGAAUUUACGACUAAAGUCACGUAAGCUGCCCUUUCGUGAAGUAUCGAUGGAAGCAGUGCGAGCUCGCGGCUCGGCGCAAUUCACGAAGAAACGGAUUCCAAUGCGGACCCUUAUCGGGCUAAUCGCGUUACUCGCUGUCACUAAAUCACUAUCGUCUUCGAAAUUAUUAUUUCAUUGUAUCCCUUUCUCACACUUUCCAGUCGAAUUAUUACACAUAGAUUUCUUCCUAUUGCGCGAUCGUUUUCGCAAAUAGACAAGCGAUGACUGCUUUCGUAUAUAUUUUCCAAUCCUCGAUUGCAGAGAUGCAUAAACGAGAUGUAUUUUAAAAAUGGAAAAAGAAAUUUUAUCUCAUAAUAUAGAAAAAAAAAAUAAAAUUAUGAUGUACAUUCUACAUAGAGACUUUCUAUAUCAGAGGAAAGCAAUUAUCAUAUUGAGAAAUGAUACAAAUGGAACUUGUGAAUGCAUACGAUGAGAAAAAAAGCGUGAAGCAAGUGACGCGAUUCGUUUUCAAAAUCCGCUUCCGCACCAAGAAACGUAAAUUAAGACUAGACCGUAAGUUAAGUCUGUGAAUAUUACCGAUCGUAAUACAAUCGCGAAAUCGAAUAUAAGAGUUGUUACGAUUUUUGUACGCGGACGCAAGUCACGUCGUGGAUUCUAGUUAGAGAAAAGAUAUAUAAAUAUAUGAAAGAGAGAAUAUAUACGCGCGCAUUAAACAUAUAUAAUUAAUGCAUAAAACUUCACUUGAGAACGCUGGUAUGUAUUGUGCGCAUAGUUUAUAGUCGCAUAUAAAGAUAUAAAAGAAUUUUUAAUUUGAUCGUUCAAAAGAGGAAAUGCGACCUACGUUCUCCAUAAGCUAUGAAACGACGUUGUUCAUUGUCGAAUUUUCUUCACGAUUUGUUUAAUAAUUAAAAAUUUAUUUAAAUAAUAUA